GGUUGUCAUAGCACACCACAAGGACGUGGCACCAUUUUGUAACAAGCCUUGCAGACAAAAUGGUUGGAAACAGCUUAUUAACCCUUUAGAGGCAGACUCAGUACUGCACUGACCGCCCAGAAACGUUGACUGUAUAGAAGAAGGGUUGGUGGGGUGGUACUGAACUUGUACAUUAGAACACUGGAAACCCAAUGAAGACUCUACCGACAGUCCGGCAACUGUUAGAGGAGAGAACAAAGACUGUGAACCCUAGCACAGGGGACUACAGGAGCAGCUGCAAAGAGGGAACCGCCGCAGUUUCCCGGAAAGACACGAGCUGCUGCCCCUGCAAGUGUGUUUCAGUGACAACCAUACAAUGUUGGGGGCGGGCUUAAUGCUCAAGACUCCGCACCUUGUUAUUGGUUAUAAUCAGGCUGUUGUAUAAGCAAGCAACGAUGGAACUCAGCCACGUUUCCAGACUGUGCAGACAAAGAUAAUGGGGUGAAUCUGAAAUGACUGUCGCUGAAGUCACGGAGCAGUUGAGCUGAAGUUUAUUUCGUCAUAAACCAGCACUAAAGUGGACUAGACAGAACUGAACAGAAGACAGCGAAAUUGAGGGGUUUCCUUCGGUUUCCCCAGGGAAGACGGAAGACAGAAGACAACGGCACGAAGGACAACUGCUUUCGCCACGUCGUCGCAAUUACUGGCGUUAACGUAACUCUUGCCUUAACCACGAUUGUUCAGUUCUACACUGAUAAUGUAGCCGAUUCAGCAGAGGAGAGGAACACGGAGUACGAGCUGCGGUCCCCAACCUUUUUUGUGCCACGGACCAGUUAAAUGUCUGAAAAUGAUUUCAUGGACCAACCUUUGAGAACUGGAUAACACAAAGUCCAACCUUCAUGAAAAGAAUGGCACGUGGGUGGGAUUCAUAUUUACAAAACUUCCCAUCUGCAUCUUCUAAUUCAGGCACUUUGACACGGACAUCUGAUUCGGAUAAUUUAGAGACCUGCAUACAGCACCAUGACUUCACUGACCCAGUGGCAUCACAUAACUCUCCUGCCUCAAGUACAAACUACUUUCUAAAUCCCAGUACAGAAAAUUCAGGUUCAGAUUGUGUUUAUCAAAAACACUAUGGAGAAAUGCCCUGGCAAGUUCAUGGAGAACAAGUAGAAAAACAUUACUUGUCAAGUACUGGAAAUGGCAAUAUCCUGGACUUUCCAACACCUUUUGCUCCAGAUUUUCAAGAACUUAAGCAAGACUGUGAAUUGCUCACUGCACCAUUUCUAGAAGACUAUUCUGAUAUAAGUAGCUGCUCAGAUGCAGAUAUUGGUGAAACAAGAGCUUCUUGGAAAUUCCUGGCAAGUAAUUCAGUUCUAAAGUGUAAAGCAGAACUUGGUACUAAACAGGACUCUUCUGAAUGGAAUUUCCUUCAUUCAGGAACAUCUUUUACAACUGAGGAUUUGAGUCCUGAAAUGUCGGACACCUGUACUACUGCAAAUAUCUCGAAGCCAGCAAACAUGAAAGCAGAAGAAAGCAGAAUCAGUUGUCCGCAAGAUCACUUGGGGGGACCAGAAAAGUAUGAAUCUUGCACAAAAAGCAAUCAACUUUCUAACUCUGUCAGCAUUGUGACAGCUAUAGCAAGUGAGAGUCAAGAACAGCCCAGAAAAGAAUUAAGGAGUUGCAUUGAUAAUAUAACAUUUGAAAAACUAAUGGAGUAUUCAGGCAGCAUGCAGGAGAAUGUCAUCGCAACACCUGUGACCACAUAUAAAGAUCUAAAUCUUUUGUCAAUCCAAAGUUUUGAUGAACACAAUUCACUGCCUGGAAAUAUGCAUAGUGAAUGCCAAGAAGGCAAAUUUGUAUCCAAAAUGCCUCUACAUCUUGAAUCACAAGGCUCUCCAGAGGAGUCAAAGGUAAAAGGAAGCUGUGAUUUGAACUCAGUGCACUUAUACAACUACAAGUUUAAAGAAAGUGGACCUCAAUACAAUACAUUUAAUAGCUCCACCUUGAUGAGUGAUGGUCAAGAAAUAAAUAUCUGUGACCAAAAAGGCCAGUGUCGUGAGAGAAACUCAGAAACUUGCUUAGAGUCACAUAAUUCCUCUAAAUCUGCCGAAAACCUACUAACAACUCUCACCCCAAACAAAGAUGAGAGUGAUUCAAAUGUCCUUGGUGAUAAUCUUUCAACUGGUACCUUUGACCAAGAUCUGCAAAGUCUAACCGAUCCACCAGGAUGUUUACAAGUGGAAGAUAGGACCUAUAUCACCAACUCUACAGAUCCACAAAGUGGUGACCCUGCAGUAACAGGAGAGCUAAUUGGCCCAGAUUCUUGUUUGGACACUUCAAACAUUCUAAAAGACUCUAUGACCAAUACAAAAAGUCCUUUCCCAUUCACUUCCACCUAUGAAGAAUGUCAGAAUCAAAGGCCCAUGGUCCUGCAACCCAAUUGUGUAAGUAAAUCAGAUAUCAGUGAGAUUGCCUGUAUAUCUUCUUAUCCAGACCAGUGCUUGUCAUCAGGUGAAGAUUUAGAAGCACCACCACAACUAAGUCAUCGUGUAGAGCCUGGUGAAAAGACUACACCCUCUUCCCAAGAUGAACAGCUGUCACUAACAAAAAAACGAAGUCAUGGUGAAGAGCCUGGUGAAAAGACUACACCCUCUUCCCAAGAUGAACAGCUGUCACUACCAAAAAAACAGAAUUGCGGUAAUGAUAUUGAUAGAAAUGGGAUUGCUUCAACCUUGCCACAUCAGAAACAAUUGGGAGAUGCAUUUCAGCAAGUACUGCCUCAAAGUGUAAGUGAAGAUGGUGGUGAAAAUGCAAAUGCACCUAUUUCUUCAGAGAAACUACAGUCUCCCAAUCAAUCUUCAGUGAAACUGAAGCCACAAAGUGGUGGGGUCCUCUAUCCUUUAGAUCAACCACAGUCACAAAGAGCUUUAUGCCUGCAGACUCAAAGUAUGUCAAUUGAAUAUAAUACUGAAGGUGCAAAUGCAUCUUUUUUAUCUGAUCAACAUCAGUCACUACAUCAAAGUGCACUGGCCUUUCAACAGACAAGUUUUGAUGGAGAAACUGGUGAAAAAGCAAAUGCAUCUGCCUCUCAAGGCCAGGAAGAGUCAGGCCAUUCUAACAACAUACAACCUCAAAGUGAAAUUGAAGAAAAUUCUAAAAAUAUAAAGAAUUCCUGCCUCCUGGAUCAGCAAAAGGCACCAAAUCAGAGCCCAAAACACCCACUUUUUCAAAAUGAAAGGGAAAUUAAUAAAGAAAAUGUAAAAUUACUCUCUUCAGUACCCCAACCACAAUCUCUGGACCAACUGCCUCAAAAACCUGAAAGACCCGAAGGAGAUGCCGAUAAUAGUGAAGCUGAGUUUGACUCUACAGAGAAUAUGCUGUAUCAUGACCCAACGCAUCCACUAAAAUCUUGUGAAAAAAUGAGAAAACGUUGGCAACCUGUUGUGAUAUUCAACCCCUUGAUGUCGGCAAAUGCAAGGCCUACCCAAUAUAGAUGUGGUGCUUGCCAAUACACAACCCACGAUAUUGAUAGUCUCAUUGAGCAUCGAAAUAACCUGCAUUUACCACACAGUUUUCAGUUUUGCAAAGUUUGCAGUCUUUUUCUUGUUAGCCAAAAUGAAGCAGAAAAUCAUGUGUUCUGUAGCGCUAAUAAAAGUCCUCAGUUUUCUUCCAACAUUACCUUUGGCCAGAAGGAACCUCAUGUGAAACGCAGAUGCAAGGACUGCCACACCAGUUUUCCUAACCUUUUUCAAUAUAUCAGGCAUAUGAGGACUCAUAAUGGCAAAACACCAUAUCAGUGCAAUGGAUGUGGAUGUUAUUAUGGACAGUAUUCUGCACUGCGACGACAUCAGACUACACCUAACAGAUGUAAGAGAGUAAAGGAAAAAAAUAAAAUGUCCGAUGCCAUUACCAGUAGUUCUGAAACACAGCAACAAAAAGGCUUUGAACAGGACAAUACGGAUUCCCAUCUUCCCAAAUGCUAUGUGAAGCUUGUUGAUAUCUUCCCGACUAAGAUGUGUACUUUAUCUGGUACAACAAUCUCUACUUCAACAAAGGAGGACAAGCACUGUGAUUUAGUGGAAAUGAAUCCCAGAAAUGACGCAACUACACUGAGUCAUGAAAAAAAACAAGAAGUAAAGAAUAAAACAGCAGAACAUAAAUGCCCUUUUUGCCCAAAGACAUUCAAGUCUUUUGGCAACAGGAAUAAACAUUUGCGUGAUUGUGUCAAAAAUUUAAUUUUAGGCGGCAAGAGAAAAGUUGGUAAUAGAUACUCUUGUCCUCUAUGCACCAGGACCUUUGCUUCAUCAUCAACCCGUGGAAGACACAUUAAAAUAAGUUGCUUUAGAAAAUACAUAUAUUCUUUGCGUGGAGAUGAACAAAAAAAGCAAGCCUCUCCUCCUUCAACAGUCUACCGCCCUUCCAAACUUUUUAAAUGUAAUGAAUGCCCAGCAGUUUUUCGUCAUGCCUCUGGUAAAUACAGACACAUGAAGAAACACAAGUUGUUUAGACUCACAGGUAAAAAAUUUAGUUACCGAAAUUCGGCCAUCAAGGAGUGUGAACCAGAAAUUAACCAGAAAAAAAAACAGAAUUGCAAAGAUAAUGAGGAACCCUUCAGUCAAGAUGAGGAUCUCUCACUGAAUAGUCAAUUUUGUGGGAAACAUUUUGGUUCAUCACAACAAUUGAAGAAUCAUGAGCACAUACACAAAAGUGAAAGAGCAUACAAAUGUCUGGAAUGUGGGAAGAUAUUCAAGACCACUUACCACCUAAAUGAUCAUAAAAACAUGCACAAGAGGAGGGUACAGUGCACUGUUUGCCAAAAGGUGCUUCCAACCAUUGGAGAACUGAUCCAGCACAGGCACACACAUACUGAAAAAGGAAUGCUUCAAUGCCCAGACUGCCCUCUUCAAUUUCAGUAUCCUGUGUAUCUCCUCAGGCAUCUAGACACCCACAUAAGGAAAGAUAGAGGACUUCACUGCAAAGAAAGGUCACAAAUAAAUCCACAGCCACCGUCACAAGCUGCGAAAGAACAAUGUGUUUCAAAGGAAUUUAAGUGCUCUUUAUGCAAAAAGAUGUUUAGGAAUGCCCGUGUUCUAAGAAAACAUUCUCUUACCCAUAUAUCCAAGUCAAACCACUGUCCAUUUUGCCACUGUAAAUUCUCUUCCAGGCGCUACUUGUUACACCACAUGAUGAGACACACUGGAGAAAAACCCUAUUCUUGUACACACUGUGGAAAACAGUUUUACAGUCAGUUGUAUUUUGAAACUCACAGCAGUGUCUGUUUGUCAACUCCAACAAAAACUGUCUUUACAUUAGACAGCAACAUCGAAAAAGGAGGAGGAUAUAAAUGUUCUCAUUGUCCACGGAUAUUUAGAGAUAACGGACGCUUGACAAAUCAUCACAAAAAACAUGAAGAGAAGUCACUUAUUCCAUGCUCAUGUGGCCAGUACUUUUCAAGUUCAAGACUAAGUCUACAUCAGGCAAAAUGCAAGCAAACCCCUUUACAGGAAAACUGUAGUGCCCAGAAAAUGCCACCUAAGUCGAGUACCACCAAAAAGCCUCAGUUAAAAUGCCCACACUGUACAAAGAGAUUUAAGUACAAGUCUCUUCUUUUACGGCACCUUGUUACACAUAAAGGUGAUCAAUCCUGUGCAUGUGUGCACUGCGGCCACAAAUACAAAAGUCGCGCUGUGUGUUUGCAGCAUGAAGCUCUUUGUGAAAGGGUUUCCUUGGCUAAAGUGACAAAUGUUACAAAUGAUGGAUCUGCAGAUGAUAUAAGCAAACAGAGUCUGGAGGAUGCAAAACAGAGUCAAGCGGAUACAUCUGAGCUUAAGUGCAAAUUCUGUACUAAGACUUUUACAAAGCCACGGUCUUUAAGGUAUCAUAUUUUGUCGCAUAACGAAGUGAAACCAUAUCGCUGUAAAUCCUGUAACAGCUGCUUUUCAAGGUAUGAUUAUUUGAAAGUACAUCAAACUAAUUGCAAUGGUAAAAGAAGAAGACUGGAAGUAUGUAUUCCAAAAAUCACUGUAGAUGAUGUUGGAAGAGGCUGGAAAGACAGGCUUGGCAUUGUGUCAUCAGAAAAACACAAUGGUGCGGAAAAGUGCGAAAAGAUCUCGACUAAAACAAAAACUCCUUUGAGGAUUGAGACACCAACUGCAGUGGUAGCGGCACCAGUCUGUUAUACAAAAAACAAAAUUAAUCACUGCAUUAAGCCCUGUUUUAAUAAGAAAAACAAGUACAUAUGUGAUUAUUGUCCCCGUACUUUUAACCACAGCUGGGCACAAGUCAUACACACACGACUUCACACAGGUGAGAGGCCAUUUGCUUGUCAGUGGUGUGGUGAGAGAUUCAUAAGGAAGGAUUAUGUCAAGCGUCACUUAUUGAAGUGCACCAAGAAAGAAGGACCAGAAAAAGUUCUGUGUGAGAAAUGUGGUGGACUUUUUUCAAGUGCAGUGGUUCGGGAUCACAUAUCUAAAUGCACAGUAAAACCUAGUACAUCACAUGCAACUAACUGCCAGAGUCAACAGUCAGUCUCCCGAAAUCCACCAGAAGGCUUUUCUUGUGCAUAUUGUAGUUCUCGAUUUUUGUUAUUUUCACAGCUCCAAGAACAUUUUUUAAGUGUGCACAAACUGGAAACUGUGCUUCCCACUAUACCCGUAGCAUCACUUCAGCAUCACUUGUCAAGUAUUCAUGAUAUCAAAGAGGAGCCUGUUGAAGACAUUUGUGAUAAACUGGUUCAUGAUAACGAAAGUGUCAACAAAUCAGAUACAUCUCUAAAAGAGCAGCAUGUUUGUUCAAAGUGUAAUAUGACCUUUAUAAACAAAGCAGGACUUGUUGGUCACAAGCGAAUACACUCUACUGAUCUGCUUUUUAGUUGCAAAACAUGUCACAAGGAUUUCUGGAACAAAAACCUCCUCCAUAGGCACUAUAGAAAAUGUAAUUUAGGACUUAACAAAGUCCCAUUGAAAGCCCAAAUUGAUUUAGCUCUGGAUGACUCUGUUCUGGUAUUCAAGGAUAGCUCAACAGCAACUGGCAGUGGAGUCCUACAGACCAGUUUUUCCUGCAAAGAUGACUUGAUUGAACCGUCUACACAUGGCCCGGAAACAAAAAAGACUGAAAGCAAAUACCAAUGUUCAGAAUGUGACAAGAGCUUCACAGAUGGGUUGUUACUCAUUAGUCACCUUGAGGACCAUGGAAGGGAGGAACAGAAGAAAAAGUUCAAUAAAUGUCCUCAAUGUGGACGAGUGUGCGCAAAUCAAAAUAAUCUUGAAAGGCACAUGAGAACACAUGCAAUCAAUCAAAAAUUCCGUUGUCCUGUCUGCUCCAAAGUGUUUAGCACUUUAUCAGAUAUGGAAAGUCACAGUUCUACACAUGACCAAACCAGGCCUUUCUUUUGCAAAUUAUGUAAUCAAAGGUUUUGGAAGAGACCAUCUUUGUAUAAUCAUUAUAAAAAAGACCACCCAUCUGAUGCAUUUGCUUGCCAUUUGUGUGAAAGUGCAUAUUUAUUAAAAAAGUCACUACAAAGACACUACAAAGACUGUCACCCAAAGGAGCAGCAGAUAUUUAGCAGGGAACCUGGUACGACAGAUAAAAGUGACAAGGAGGAGAGUAACGAGGAGGAAAGUGAUUCAGAUACUGCUCCAUUCUUUCCAUGCCAUGUGUGUGGGAAGACAUUUCAUACAUCUGAAAGCCUUGAGGAUCAUCAGCGAUGUCACUUGGGUGAAAAACCACAUGAGUGCGAAGAAUGUGGAAAGUGUUUUUAUCAGGCGUCCCAGUUGCAGCAGCAUCAACGAAUGCACCAGUCUGAAUUUCAGUGCCAGCUAUGUGGCAGGGGGUUUACAUCUCUCUUUGCACUGCGUACCCAUAAGCAUACUCAGAGCAAGAACCGUCCAUAUCGUUGUCCCAAGUGUGACAUAAGUUUUUCUGGCCCCUGGCAAUUAAGAGAACACAUAAACACCCAUUGUGAAGAGAACUUUCCAUGUGACGUAUGCAGUCAAGUGUUUCUCUCCAAGAGUAGUAGAGCUGAGCAUCGGAAAACCCAUUCGGUCUCUGAUCAACCUACGGCAUCACUCUCUGAAAGCUCAUCUGAAUUCAUCAAGGAGUUCAAAUACCGCUGUAGUGUUUGUAACGAGCGUUUCAAAGACCCUGAGCAUCUGUCAGAGCAUGGCUGCAGAGCAGCCAAUGAGCGGCCAUACGUUUGUUCUGACUGCAACAAGUAUUUUCUGCAUUCUUCACAUCUGAAAAAGCAUCAAAACACCCAUCAUCCAUCAUGGGCAAAUACUGAUUAUCCAUGUAAUUUGUGCAAGAGUAGUUUUUCAUCUCCUCAGCACUAUCUCAGCCAUAUUGAGACCCAUAUGGCCAGUCCUGCUCAAAGUAAACACAAUGCUGACAAUGAAAGUAAGAACUCUUCAAACUUCAAGUGUCCCGUUUGCCACCUACAUUUUUCUAGUUCAAUUAAUUUGAUCAGUCAUUUUCCGACACAUCGUGAUAUCAUAAUUGAAUGCAAAGUAUGCAAAAUGACGUUUCCUUCUAAAAGAAAGCUAGAAGAACAUACGCAAUGUCAUUGUACACCCACAAUGGAGUUUGAAUGCUCAGCGUGCAGACAAAGGUUUUCAGGACGUGAAGCCUUUCAGAAGCACCACUGUUCUCUUCAAAAGCAUAUAGAUGCAAAGUCUGAUAACAUGCAAAUUUCACCUGAAAAACCCACUUCACUCUUUCACAAAGCAAUGCAAGUGGAGGAGGAGGAAGUAGAUGUCACUGGAGAUGUCCUGUACACCUGUCCCUAUUGCUCACUACCGUUUUCCACCGAAAGUGAUCUGCUGGAGCAUCACAGUAAAGAGCAUCAGACCAACAAGUCGUUCAGUUGUGAGACCUGUGGAAAAUCGUUUGCACUGCGGCAGUAUCUCAGAAAGCAUGAGCGCAGGCACCACCACAAUCAGACUAAGUUACCAAUAAAAAGCUUUACAUGCAGCCGUUGCCAUAUUAAAUUCACAGAGCACAAAGAUUUUUCUUUUCAUAUGAGAAUGCAUACUGAAAAACGACCUGGAAAGUAUCGCUGUGAUAUGUGCUACAGGUCAUUCGAGCACCCGGCUAGUCUCAAACGCCACCAAGAAAGUCAUGUUGGUAAAGUUGUGUAUGAAUGCACAGAAUGUGACAAAGCCUUUGCAUUCCAGCCCCUACUGGAGGAACAUCAACAGACUCAUGCAAGUUCCUCUCGGUAAUUAUUUGGUGCAACUGACCCUCCACUAAAUACCCUUACUUUAAGGGUCAGUCCUUUAAUCAGACAAGGUACCUCGAUUUUUGGAGAGAGGGUGGGAGUUAAGGAACUGUUCGAUAUAAAUGCAAAGUCUGUUAUGUUUCUAUACGAAGGUUUUCUCUUGCUGUUAUUGUGUAGUGCAUAAAUGUACAUAUUUUCUUUUGUAUAAAAUUGUUCAUACCCUAAACUGACAAAAUGUUUCUUAACAGUACAUUUGACAUGUUUGUUUUUUUAAAUGUCUUGGAGCUUGGCGUUUUGUUUUUGUUUUGUUUUUUUUUAUGUAUAGGUUAUAUAGGUUCAUCCCCAGGCUGCUUGUUUCAUUAACACCUGUUUUCUAAAGCAAGACCUCAUAAACCAUAGGUGACUGUAAUUUUCAUUUCUUGUUUAACUGUUUACCAUGUGUGAGAAUGUUAAGAUUCAUGUGGCUUGAGAUUGUUUUAAGAGGACGAGUAAAUUUGACCUAAAGAAAGUUUAA